CAGCGGAGCGAAGCGGAGCCGCGGUCCCCGCCGAGACCGGAGAGAAGGAGAAGAGAAGGGGCAGGGCUCGCCUGGCCGCCGGCUCCGCUCCCCCUUUUCUUUCUUUCUUUUUCUUUUUUCUUUUCUUUUUUUUUUUUUUACCCUUGUAUUUUUCGAUAUAUUUUUUUUUUUCCUGGUGUGUGGUUUGUUGUUUUUUUUCCUUUUUUUAUUUUUUUUUUUUAUCCCAGCCCCCACAAAGCCGGGAGCGGCAGAAGGUGGCGAGCGGUGCCGAAGGCUCCGGGACUCCCGCGGCCGGUCAGGAGGUCGCCCCGGCGGACAACAGGAGCCUCCCCAAGCGGGCGGGCUCCGGGGGGCUCGGAAAGCAGCAGCCGGUGGAUGGGAGCUCGGUCGCCUGCCAGCCCCUCGCACUGGAGAACGGUGCCAGCCCCCCGGCAGCCGAGCGGUGCCCCCGCGCCCAGGGCUCCGGCCCCCGCCAGCCCGGCAGCGACGGCAGCACCUUCCCGGUGAACCUGCACUGCAAACACCCCCGGAACAGAGAGCUCAAGUUCAGGAGCAGCAGCAAAGCAGAGGGUCCCGGUCCCACCUUCCCUGACCCCCAUGUCAGCAACUGCUCGGCCAAGCGGCACGCGGGGGAGGAGGAGGUCAGGAUGCGCGUGAAGCCCCCGGGCCCAGUGGUAACGACCAGCGUUGUGCGUGGCUCGCCCGACUACGUCCGAGAGCCCAAAUUCUACCCUCCGGGCCACCCGGCGCAGCGGCCCCCGGCUUGCCCGGCGGAAAAGGCCUUAUCCUGCAGCGUGCUGAGCUUCCCUGAGGGCUCGUGCCCCGCGCUCGGCCGGGAGCACCAGGCAGGCUCGCUGCUGCACGGCGACCCAGCCGACCGGUGCCAGAGCGUUCACGGGGGCACCAAGGCAGGGGAGGACUUGCUGGGCUGUGCCGGCGAGCACCGGAUCCUGGGGGGUAGCGCGGAGGAAGCAGCCGCCCGGGAUCGGGUGCCUAAAACCUUCCCCAACGUGACGCUGGCCUCGGGCCGCUGCAACGUCGACAGCAUCCUCGCUUUGCUCCGGAGCAAGUGCGGCAACGGGCACAUCAACCUCCACCCCGUGGUGCAGCUCAUCGACAUCAUGAAGGACCUCAACCGCCUCUCCGAGGACCUCAAGAGCAGCGGGGUGCACCUGGACUGCGGUAGCCUCCGUGGUGGUGGUGGUGGUGGCCACGAGGACAACCGUCUCCUCCCUACUGACCGUGACCUCCAGUACAGCUUCUUCUCCUCACCUUCCUUGGCCAACAGCAUCCGCAGCCCUGAGGAACGGGGGGUGCUGUGCAAAACUGAGCCACCGCGGCAUCCCCGGCCCCAGGCUCGAGAAGGAGAAGCCGAGGGUGGUGGGGGGAGCACCCCACAGCCCCCGGGACAUAGUGGGGGUGUUGGAGGGGCCUCCAAAGCACCAGUGGUGGAAGCUAGUUGCUCCCAGCCUGAUGCUGGUGAUUACUCAGACCUGGCCGAGGCGGAUAUCCUGAACGAACUGGCCUCCCUGGCCUGCCCUGGGACGCAGCUGCUGGAGUCACAGGCGAUGGAGCCUCAGCCCCAGUUGCUGCCAGCCCAAGAGCUGGACUCCCAGUCCCGGCUGUUGGAUUCCCAGUCCCUUGAGUCGCAACCCCAGCUGCUCGAUUCACAGAGCCUGGAGCCUCUGCCAGAGUCACUGGAGCUGCAAAACCUGGAGCCAUUGGGGUUGCAGUCGCUGGAGCCGCUUUCCGAGUCGCUGGAGCUGCAGUCGCUGGAGCCUUUGUCCGAGUCCUUGGAGCUGCAGUCGCUGGAGCCGCUGGCGGAGCCGCUGGGGCUGCAGACACUGGAGCCACUUCCCGGGGCACUGGAGCCGCCGCUGCUGGAUGCACGAGCCCCCCUGCUGCCCACCGAGCCCUCGCUGCUGGAGCCACAGCCACUGGGCCCCGUGGCGGAGCUGCUGGAGGCACAACCGGGCAGCGGGGACCCGCUGCGACCCCACGGGCUGCAGCCCCGUCUAGGGGGGUGUCCUCUGGGCAGCGUGGUGAAACGGGGUCCCUGCGGGGGCCGGGGGGCCGGGCGGUGCGGCGAGGACCACCGCAAGUACGCCCUGCGCCGGACAGACAAGCCAAAGAUGCUGUGCCGCCGGAGGAGGGCAGGGCGAGGGCGCCGGGUGGACAUCACCCCCGAGAGCCGUGUCUUGUCCCCUCUUGCCCUGCCCGCCGAGGUGCCCCCCGGGCCUGAGGAGCCCAGCACCCCGCUACUGGCCCCCCCGCCCCCACCUCCCACCACUCUGGACCCCGAUGAGGUGCCCAAGGCCCCUGCGAUGGGGAAGAAGAGCAAGUGCCGAGGGGUGAGGAAGAUGGUAGUGAAGAUGGCCAAGAUCCCUGUGUCCCUGGGGAGGAGAAACAAGACCACCUACAAGGUGUCGUCGCUCAGCAGCAACCUCAACCUGGAGGGCAAGGAGCUGGCGGCCAGCAGCUCCAUGGAGCCCACGCCGCUGCUCAAGAUGAAGAACAACGGGCGCAACGUGGUGGUGGUCUUCCCCCCCGGUGAGAUGCCCAUCAUCUUGAAGCGCAAGCGGGGCAGGCCCCCCAAGAACCUGCUGCUGGGCCAAACCAAGCCCAAGGAACCCGUCCCGGAGGUGAAGAAGAGGAGGAGAAGGAAGCAGAAGCUGGCUUCCCCUCAGCCAUCCUACAUUGCCGACACCAAUGACAGCAAGGCUGACUACUCAGACGUCUUGGCCAAGCUGGCCUUCCUUAACCGGCAGAGCCAGUGCUCGGGGCGCUGCUCACCGCCCCGCUGCUGGACCCCCAGUGAGCCCGAAUCCAUCCACCAAGCCCCCGACACCCAAAGCAUCUCCCACUUCUUGCACCGCGUCCAGGGCUUCCGCCGGCGCGGCGGCAAGGCGGGGGGCUUUGGUGGGCGUGGGGGUGGCCAUGCUGCCCGUGCUGCCCGUUGUUCCUUCAGCGAUUUCUUCGAGGGCAUCGGGAAGAAGAAGAAAGCCCCCACUGCCCUCCACGCCGACGCCGUGCACCCACGCAAGCGGGGCCGGCCGGAGCCCGAUCCCAUGGGCAAACCCAAACGGAAACGCCGAGCUCGCAAGAACGGAGCGCUGUUCCCUGAACCCAACCCUGGGCAGAGCUUUGGUGAUGGCCCCGCUGAGUGGGCUGGGGGGGAGAAGGGCAGCCCCUGGGCCCCCCACCACGGCCACCCCAGUGGCCAGGCUGGCCGCAGUGGUGGCUACCAAGGGGCUGAGGCCAGGCCGUUCCACGCCGCUGGGCUGGAGUCGGGCUCCUCCAACCGGGCUGGUUUCUAUGGCGGGAGCGCGGCAUCCUCGCAGGCGGAGGCCGGCCCGGAGAGGCACAGCCUCUUCACCGGCUAUUUCCGCUCCUUGCUGGACUCGGACGAUUCCUCCGACCUAUUGGACUUCGCCCUCUCGGCCUCCCGCUCCGAGUCCCGCAAAUCAGCGGCCGCCUACACGGCUCCCCCGGCCGCCCUGCCGGGACAACGGGGCUUGGCUGCCUACCCAGCCCGAGGCGGCAAGGUGGCGGCCGCAACCCCGGGCGCCGAGGCCUUCCAUGCGGCCAUGCAGGGCCGGCCGGCAUUCCCACCCAGCCGUGCCGCUGCCACCACUGGCUAUGCCGUGUCCCAAGGGUCAUCGGAGUGCCGGGGCGCCGAGGCCUUUCCCAAGCUGGCACCACCCUCCGCUGUCUCCCGGUCGCCCACGGCUCACCCGGCGGCCAGCGGUACCCCCGGCUACUCGCCCUACGGCAACUACGGCACCGGGCAGAGCGUGGCACCUGCCAGCGUCUUCCCACCGGGAAAGCAGUACCCAUCAGCCCAGGAUUGCCCCAACAGCAAGGACUGCAGCUUCGCCUACGGCAGCGGCAGCAGCCUCCCCUCCUCUCCCAGCAGUGCCCACAGUGCCGGCUACGCGCCGCCGACGGCCGGUCCCAGCUUGCCCUUGGGCAAAGCUGCCUUCUUCAACAGCACCGAGCAAGGGGUACAGUUCUCCAGCGCCGCCCACACCCCCCUGCGCUGCGACAGCCGGGCCAGCACCGUCUCACCCGGUGGCUACAUGGUGCCCAAGGGCUCAGCUUCCUUCCAACCCUCACCCGAAAACUGCCGGCAGUUCCCCAGCGCCGCGCCCUGGGCUUUCCGGCAAGGCUACGGUGGGCUGGAUUGGAGCUCGGAGGCCUUCAGCCAGCUCUACAACCCAGGGUUUGAGUGUCACCUCAACGAGCCCAAUGUCAUCCUGGACAUCUCCAACUACACCCCGCAGAAAGCCAAGCAGCAGACGGUCUCGGAGACCUUCUCCGAAUCCUCCUCUGACAGCACCCAGUUCAACCAGCCGGCCGGCUACCGGCGUGCCAACAGCGAGGCGUCCUCCAGCGAGGGCCAGUCCAGCCUCUCCAGCCUGGAGAAGCUGAUGAUGGACUGGAACGAGGCGUCCUCUGCCCCAGGCUACAACUGGAACCAGAGUGUCCUCUUCCAGAGCAACUCCAAGCCCGGUCGAGGCCGACGGAAGAAGGUGGACAUGUUUGACACCUCUCACCUGAACUUCUCCUCCUCUUCUUCCUCCUCCUCCGUCUACCCCUCCAAGAGGAGCACAGGGCCCCGGCAGCCUCGGGGUUCCCGGGGAGCUUGUGCCUCCAAGAAGGAGAGGGGGACGGGCAAGGCCAAGUUCCCCACCAAGUCACAGGUGGUCAACCCCCUCUUCCAGGAGAGCACGGACCUGGGCUUGGACUACUACAGCGGGGACAGCAGCAUGUCCCCCCUGCCCUCCCAAUCCCGGGGCUUCGGGGUGGGCGAGCGGGACCCCUGUGACUACGCUGGCCCCUAUUCCAUGAACCCCUCCACCCCCUCGGACGGGACUUUUGUCCAGGGCUUUCAGAGUGACUCCCCCGGUUUGGGGCAGCCGGAUUUGGAGAGCAAGCACUUCCCUGCCCUCCCGCACCAGCUGGCGGGUCCCGGCCAGCAGACUGUCUUUGAGGCCGGUUUGCAGAAAGCCUUCUCACCCAACUGCUCCCCAACCUUGGCCUUCAAGGAGGACCUACGGGCUGGGGACAUCCGGAAGCUGCCCGCCUGCGACUCGCUCAAACACAGCAUGCAGGGGGGGUCCCUGCCGCACGCCCCCCACCUGCCGUGCCGCGAUCUCCCCAUGCCUCAACCGCACUACGACUCCCCCAGUUGCAAAAACCCCCCGUACUGGUAUUCCCCCAACGCCAGCACCCGGAGCCCUUCCUACGACGGGAAAGCGGGGGCCGGGAUGCUUGUAGACUUCAUGGGGAGGACGGACCCCACGUGUCUCAACCCCCACUUGAGCAGCCCAAGCAGCACCCACCCCUCCAAGGGUGAGAAGGAACCCUUGGAGAUGUCCCGGGCGCACCACCGAGGACCCUACGCUUGUCCCUUGAUCAAUGACUUGAACAUCUCCCCCGUACCAAGAGACUCAAUGCUGCAACUGCAGGACAACUACAGGUACCCCAGUUUUGCACCCCAAGGGCACCCCGUCAUGGCCCCCACCCAGAAGAGCGGGUUUUUGGGACCCAUGGUAGAGCAACAACACCCUGAGGACACUUUUACGGUCACCUCAUUGUAGUGUCUGCUGACGUGCCAACCGGACAACGAGGUUUUGUUACAGGGUAGGUGGGGGUGACCCUCGGGGUGAGGGUGAGGGGGGUGCUAAAGUGUGGGUGGGGGGUACACAGGGCACCCCCCCCUCCCCUCCCAAACCCUUCUCAUUGUGUGUCAUUCCCCCCCUUCCCCCAUGUUGUGUUUCUCUUUCAGAGGUAAUUUAGCCAGCACUUUUUUUCUGGAACACUUUUCAAGUUCUGUAUUUAACUGGGAUUGGAUCCGUUUGUUUGUUUUCUAAAAAAAAAAAAAAAAAAGAAAAGAAAAGAAAAAGAAAAAAAACCAAAAAAAAGAAAAAAAACGAAAAAAAAGGCGAAAAAAAAAAGUUGAAAGAAGAAAAAAAGGAAAAAAAAAAAAAAGAGUAAUAAUAAUGGACGAAGAGAGAAAAAAAACAAAACAACCCGGUUUUCCUCCUCCCCCCCCCCCCCCAACCUCCUGCUCCGCCUGCGAAACCGCCUGGAUCUGCUUCCCGAAAUGCCGCCCCCCCCCCCCUCCGCGCCCCCCACCCCCCCAGCAGCAGGACAAUCGGACGGACGGACGGACAGACGGCGCUGCCCCCACCCGAGCCCAGGGCAGGGGCGCAGGCAGGGAGGGCAGGCAGGGCCAUGGGACCUGGGGGGCAGCGGCUGGGGACCCCCUGACUCCGCAGUCCUAGGGGGCGAGGGGGGAGGGCAGCGCCCCAGGGGGGCUGCCAGGGGGUUGUUGGGUUUUUAUUCUUCCCCAUCCACCAACCCCCCCCCCCCGAAAAAACCCCUCCUGGCACGCGAGCCGGGGGGGUGUUUUGUUCUUGCCGGAUGGACGCCGAUGGGUGUUUGGGAGAGAUGAGGACCCCCCCCCCCGCCCCCCCGCCCCAAGGCUCUGGCAGCUUCUUGGAGAUGCCACCAUCACCCGCCCUCCCACCAACCACAGCACCCUGGACCCCCCCCCCCCUCCCCGCGCCCCCCCACCCGUCCUAAGCAGAGAGGAGAGAUGCGAGGGGGGGGAGCUGUCGCCGGCGGGGCACCCCAGGCUCCUUGUACCCCCCAAAAUCUCCCCCCACUUCGCCCGCCGGUCCCUGCCUCGGCCGUGGCGCCGGCGCCGCGUUCUCCUUCCUCCCCAGCCAGAAGAACCAGAGGGACAAUUCGAAUUUUGAUUAUGAUUUUUUUUUAUUAUUAUUAUUUGAUUCAUUUUUUUUUUUGUUUGGUUUGGUUUGGUUUGGUUUCUUUUGUUUCUGCACAAAACCAGCAAUUGUAAAUACUUUUGAAGAAAAGGAGUAAAAAAAAAAAAAAAAAUUAAAAAAAAUAAUUAAAAAAAAACACUUUUAAGGGGAAAAAAAAAUCUAAAAAGCUGAAAAUUCACAAAAAAAGGAAAAAAUCAAAAGAGGGGGAGAAUUAAAGCGACUGAAAACAGAGACCUGAAGUGACUGAGAGGUUGAAUAUGCAGGAGAGAAGAGCAAAAACCCACCUGUAUGCACUGAGAAAAACUUUAUUUACGGAUCGAGCGACAAAAAAAACAGAGAAAAAAAAUGUUUAAAAAAAAAAAAAAGAGGAAAAAAAAGAAAGUAACAAUAACCUAUUUAUUGUAUAUAAUGUUUUAUUAUAAAUCGUGUCUUGUAUAUUGCAAUUCUGUACAUCUGCUGUGGUUUUAUGUGUGCAACUUUCGCGUGGGUUCCUUGGGGUUUCGUGGCCCUUUUUUAGUUUUAUUUUUAUUAUGAUUUGAAAUGACAA